GGUGCAGAUGGGCUGCGGGGCCCCCGGGGCCAGCAGGGCAUGUAUGGUCCAAAAGGAGAUGAAGGACUCCGUGGCUUCAAGGGCGCCAGAGGACCAAUAGGAUUACAGGGGAUGCCCGGCCUACCAGGAGAGAAGGGUGAGAGUGGACACGUGGGGCUAAUGGGUCCACCUGGUCAACAAGGUCCAACUGGUCCUCAAGGACCUGUUGGGGGACUGGGUCCAACUGGUCGACUCGGGAUGAUCGGACAGCCAGGUGUUGUUGGAGAGAAGGGGGAGGACGGCGAGGCAGGUGACCCUGGACCAGUUGGUGUUCCAGGAGUGCUAGGAGUAAAAGGAGACCAGGGGGAGAAGGGAGAUACAGGCCCUUCAGGAGCAGCCGGUCCUCCAGGAGCCAGGGGUGCCACAGGGGAGGAUGGAGCCAAGGGCAACUCUGUAAGAAGGCCACUCCUAAAAAUACUGCACUGUUAUACUCUGUACAACACAAAGCUCUGUAAUACACUUUGA